GAUGAGUUUUCGUGAAGUUUUUAUCCUAAAACAUAAUUAAAAAAAAAAACGAGAUCCAAACAAUAAAGCAUAAAACAAGAUCGAGAGAGAGAGAGAACGAGAGCGCCAUUAUCGUAAGAAAAUUGUGGUUGUUCCGUGAAAUCCGUUUCUAGUUCUCUCCUUUAGAUCCGAAUCAAUCUCUCCCUUUUCGUUGUAAUUGCAAAAAAGAUUCUCUUUUCGAUUUGUUUGUGGAUGAGAUUGUGGAUAAAGCCAUCUUCUAUUUCUGGACUGCUCAAACUCCUGUCCUGUCUGAUUCUCUUCUUAUUCCUUCCGCUCUGAGUCUUUCUUAUUUUAUCUGCACUUAUUCUUGUUUUUUUCUAGCGUUAAUCUGAGAGAGAGCUAUACGACAGAUUCCUUUGAUCAACAAUUGUUGGGUGGGCUUGUUUUUUCAUCGCCAAAUCAGUUGUGUUCUUGUUCAAUUCUACAAUCCUGGCGCUGAGCGAAGGCUUGAGGUUGAAGAUUCCGUCACUGGAAAACACAAGUUUCGAUUUUGAUUGCGUUGGUGGUCUGGAGUGCCUGAUAAGCGUUAUCAGGGCCCUUGAUAUGGGGUCCUGCCUAUCAUCAUCAGGAGAAACCAGGAGGAGUAGAUCCAUUCCUCCUGGAACCACCCCCACCAGGAGGAGGAAGAGUUCCAAGAGGAGAUCUUGCAGUUCUUCUUUUGACAAGAUAGCAGAAGAUGAACCACUUCUCCAUAGGAUCCCUGGAAGGAUGUUCUUGAAUGGCUCUACUCAUAAUGUAUCUCUCUUCUCUCAACAGGGAAAGAAAGGUCCUAAUCAGGACGCUAUGAUUGUCUGGGAGAAUUUCGGGUCCAUACCGGACACUGUUUUUUGUGGUGUUUUUGAUGGCCAUGGUCCCUAUGGUCACGUUAUCGCAAAGAGAGUUAGGGAUCUGCUUCCACUCAAACUAGGCUCGCACUUGGAGUCAUAUGUAUCUUGCGAGGAGGUUCUUAAAGAGAUCAGCCUCAACACUGCUGACAGAAAGACCUCGGAGGAGCGCCUUGUGCAUAUAUCUGCUAAUGGAGAAUCCCGAGUCUACAACAAGGAUUCCGUAAAGGAUCAGGAUAUGGUUCAGACACUGUUGACCUCUAUUGUUAAAGCCUACAGAUUCAUGGACAAGGAAUUGAAGAUGCAAGUUGAUGUUGAUUGUUUUUGCAGUGGAACUACUGCAGUAACCAUGGUCAAGCAGGGUCAACAUCUUGUUGUUGGAAACAUUGGGGAUUCAAGAGCAGUAAUGGGUACGAGGAACAAAGAGAAUAAACUUGUCCCUUUUCAGUUAACUGAAGAUCUCAAACCAGAUGUUCCAGGGGAAGCAGCGAGGAUAAAGAGAUGCAGAGGACGUAUAUUUGCUCUCCGAGAUGAACCAGGGGUUGCCCGCCUCUGGCUUCCUAACCACAACUCACCCGGUCUAGCCAUGGCACGUGCUUUUGGAGAUUUUUGCCUCAAGGACUUUGGUCUCAUUUCAGUGCCUGACGUGUCCUAUCGACGCCUCACUGAGAAAGAUGAAUUUGUCGUCUUGGCAACUGAUGGGAUUUGGGAUGUAUUGACGAAUGAAGAAGUUGUGGAGAUUGUAGCGAAAGCCCCAACACGUUGCGCAGCAGGUCGAGCCUUGGUGGAAGCUGCAGUACGGAACUGGAGAUGGAAGUUCCCCACUUCAAAAGUUGAUGACUGUGCUGUAGUGUGCCUCUUCCUUGACUCAAAACCGGACAAAUUAUCAACUGCUUCUUUCUCAGAGGAUAAACACAUCAGAAAUGGCCUUACUGAACCGGAACCGGACACAGCAUCAACUUCAACUCCUGGCUCGGGAACCGAAUCACCUGAGCUCAGUGGAGUGGACCGCAUCGACACACUCGUGAAUCUCCCCGUGUACGUGCCAACCAAAGAGUAGAACAGUUGGCAGGGGAGCUGAAGAUGUGAGAUUAUACUCUGUCUACCUCUCUCUGAUAUUUUCUGAGUCUCGAUGUCUCUUAUGCUCUAUGUUCCUGUCAAAAGUCACUGUUUGGUUUGGUUUGUUUUUUGGGGUUGGGUAAAUUAGUGUUAUACGCGUGCUUGUGACUUGUUAGUGUGGCUGUUUGUAUAUAUAUUUCUACUCUCCCAAUACAAUCUCUCUCUUUCUUUGUAAAUAAAAUUCUGAAGCCGCAUUUGUGUUUAUAUGAGCAG